GGGCGGCCCCGCCCCCCGGCGGCCAUUUGUAGCCGCGGCGCCCUGGCUGCGGGGGCGGGCGGUGCUCCCUGCGCGGCUCCGCACGGCGGGGCGCUCCGUGGGGCCUGCGGCUGCUCGGCGGGCGAGGACGAGAGAGAGAGACAGAGAGAGACAGAAAGAGAGAGAGAGAGAGACAGAGACAGAGACAGAGAAGGCGCCAGAGCCGGCGGCGCUGCUGCCGCGAUCGCUUCCCCUCGGCUUUCCCCCAUGGCCGCGGGCUGCAGGGACGGCCCGGGGCAGGAGAAGUAUCGGCUGGUGGUGGUGGGCGGUGGCGGCGUGGGCAAGUCGGCGCUCACCAUCCAGUUCAUCCAGUCCUAUUUUGUAACGGAUUAUGACCCAACGAUUGAAGACUCCUACACCAAGCAAUGUGUGAUAGAUGAGAGAGCUGCACGCUUGGACAUUCUGGAUACAGCAGGACAAGAAGAAUUUGGAGCCAUGCGUGAACAGUACAUGAGGACAGGGGAGGGUUUUCUGCUUGUUUUCUCAGUCACUGAUAGAGGAAGUUUUGAAGAAAUCUAUAAGUUUCAGCGACAGAUUCUUAGAGUGAAAGACCGUGAUGAGUUUCCUAUGAUUCUAGUCGGUAACAAAGCCGAUCUGGACCACCAAAGACAGGUGACACAAGAGGAAGGUCAGCAGUUAGCACGGCAACUUAAAGUAACAUACAUGGAAGCCUCAGCAAAAAUCAGAUUGAAUGUAGACCAAGCUUUUCAUGAACUUGUCAGAGUCAUAAGGAAAUUUCAAGAACAAGAGUGCCCUCCUUCACCAGAGCCAACACGGAAAGAAAAAGACAAGAAAGGCUGCCAUUGUGUUAUUUUCUGAGAAUUCCAAGAACUAAGCUAUCAACUGCCAGAUUAUUUUUUUUCUUUCCAUCAUUUUACAUCACUUCUGGUAUUGGUCUAGCCUUAUAUGUGCAUGUCCUAAAAGUGGUCACCAGAAUAGCCUUAGUCCAAGAAACUGGCAGAAUAGUUCUCAAAGAAGACUCAGUCACCCUGCGGCAGACUUCAAAUCAAAACACUAAGGCUGCUUCUUUAAUACCACAGUUCCUUCCUUCUCUCCCUAGGAACUUGCACCUUGUGGAGUUUUAUUCGCAAAGGAGAUAAAACCGUAUAGGACAAGGUGUUGAAGUCAUGCAUAAGUUGUCUCUUGUGAAUUAAUUUAUUUUUACUUCUGACAUUUCAUUAGCUAUUGCAAAGACCUAUAUUGAAGUAUAGAGAAUACUUUUAAAAAAGGGGUGGAUUGGCUUAUUUUGCCCUAGUUAAAUUAGACUUGAGUAUUCAGCUAGCCUUAAGAAACCUACACUGAAUUUCAUUGUCAGCAAAAAUUUUCAUCUCUCAUUUAUGCUGCAGUUUUAUUUCAGUGGCCAAAAUAGUCUACUGUAUUUAUUUUAUGAAUCCAGAACAGCUACAGGAUGAUUACUACUACUAUUAGGAUAUGGCCAAAUACCUGAGCUCAUUCUGGAUUGAGGCAUUUCAGCUUGUUAAGAAAUUUCACAUUAUUUGUUUGGAAACAAAUUGUGUCUUCCUUUGUAUUUUUGGGUAAGGGAUUAAGGAAAACUAAAAUUGUAGCUGGUUUUGUUUCAUGUGAUAUAAAAAUGAAUUUGAUCUUUCCAUUGUCAGAGAUGAUUAAAUGUUUUUGCUAUAUACUUUUAUACAUUAUUUUCUUAUCAAACUAGUUAACAAGUAUUUUUAUAUGUUUGUAAGCAAAUAUGCUUUCACAGCAUAACUUGUGUAUAUGUAAAGAUGAGUAUUUAAUUCUCACAGUUCACUUUUAACUGACAAAAUGUGGGAUUUGCCAAACUGUGGUAAACAUUACUUUUCUGGUUAUACCCAAGAGUGGCCAAUUAUGUGCCUGCCCAACACACCCAUAGAGUAAAAUCUAGUGUUGUGUUUUAAUGAAUUUCAGUAUCCCUUACUAAAGACUGACCAUUAUGUGAAUUAUUAAACUGUAAGACUUUUAACUGAUUGUUUAGUUAAACUGUGGAUGGUUGUUUAAUUUUGAGUUCUGUGGAUUGUGUUUAAACAAUUCAAGAGUCUGUUCCCUGAUAUUGAAAUACUGAGUGGUAUUGCACAGUUGUCACCUUACUGAAUGUGUCCAACAGUUCUUUGAAACUUGAUUAUUAAGCAAACCCUUGUAUAACUUCAGGUGCUAGAAUUAAAGAUGAUCUAACCAUUAUCGGGAGGUAAACACAUUGCCUCUUUCUGACUCUCUUCCAAAACCUGAAUUUUUUGGGGGUAGGGGGAAGAAGGCUGUGAUGGGACCUGGUAAGGAGAUAGAUAUGCACGUCUACAUGAUAUUUCUUUAGGCUUGGAAGUAAAGAAAAGCCAUUUCCAGCUUUUAUCAUCUAUCAUGAUUUAGGUGAUGUUUGUUUUGACUUCAAGAAUGUAGUUGGUGAUCAAAUCAACAAUUCUUGUUUUCGGGCAGUGCUCACUGUUAGGUGCUCUGCCAUAAAUCUGUGAAGGUCUGCUGAGAAACAGUGCUUAGACAAAUUCCUGUUAGCUUUACAGCAGCAAAGCAUUAAACCUCAGAGUAACACUAGUGCGACUGCAUAGCAGAGGCAUUUCAGUUUUUUAUGUAAUUGCAUAAUACUGUUUUGAGAGAAUGGGUAUUUCUUCCCUCACCCCUCCCAUUUCCCUUAAAGAAAGUUAUUGGUUGAUGGAAGGCUACUUACAAAUAACAUGUAGAAGAUCCAAGCAAGAAGUUACAGUGGAAGUACCUUUGAGAGACAGGUUACGUUUUUCAAGCCUGAAAACAUCACGUGUUUCCUUGAAUGUGUAAAGCUCUUUGAAUGAAGUCAUUAAAUGUGUGGCGUUAGAAUGAUUUAAGACAAAUUACAGCCGAGACUGAAUUUUUGAUGUGCAAAUAGCUUUGAUUAAUUUUCCCCCCCUUUUUUUAAAUCUUUUACUCCUGAAUUAUUCUUUUACAAUAGUAGGCUAUUGGAUAUAUAGAUGUUUUCAUAUGAAACUCAUAGUAAAGAUGAAGAGCACAGAAACUUUGCUUUUCCUCAGAGGGGAAAGCAGAAUAAUGUUGACGUGGUUGAUGCUAAGCAAUCUCCUCCUGUCUGCCAAGCCACACUGCAAACAUGGUAAACUUUUAUAAAUGAGUUAAAUAAAUGUGGGACCAUGAGACGCUGCUGUGAAAGUCUGCUUAAAGAUUAUUAACUGAGAUGCAGAUGCAGAUUCCUAUGCAGAUGUUUUUAAGGCUUCUGCUAGAGAGAAUGUGGAGGGAAAUCACAUAAUGUCAUGGUCUCUUUGAGGCUGGUUCACAUAUGGCACUUUAAGAAGCUGUUAAAAUGUAGGCAUUUUGAUCCUAUUCUUUAGACGUGAAGUAAGUAUUUAGAAAAGUAAGAGUUUUUUGACUUGUAAUGGUGGUCUAGGCAGUAGUGAGCUCAAAACAUCUUAAUGUAUUUCAAGGAUUUGCUUUUCUAAUUGUUGCACCUGAAGGUAAUUGUGAAAAAUGGUGCUUCUGCCCCUGCAGUGGAGCUCGCAAAAUGCACUAGGACUGUGGUCAGUCUUCUCAAAAGUGGUAGUUCUGAUCUUGCAUGCCUUGGACUGUUUGUGAAUUUGUAGUAGCUGACAACUAGACAGAUAGUUUCUUAUGACUUUACCUGGCAGAAGAAAUGCUUAAAGAUUUGUUGCUUAUGUUUGAAGUUACCACAGCUCAAGGCCGCAUCCAUAAAUCAUCUAAAUUCACACAAUUCAGGAAUUUGGGGUACUUAAAAUGUACCAACAAAUGACCUCCAAUUUCUCCUAAAACAACUUAGAGGAGGAUCUGAAUCUUGUUUCAAACAACAAAAUAAUUCUGCUUUGUCUGGAAUCUCACGCUACUGAGCUGCUACUCCACUUGAUGAGGAGGAUUUCCCUGCUUAUAAGCAAAAGCCUUUUUGUGCAAUUGGUGAAGUCUUACGAGUGAUCCAGAAUCAGGGAAGAAUUACUUCCACGGAGGUGCAGUGUAGCUCCUUAUGUCUACUCUGGUUGAUGUGUUUACUUCCUUUGAUGUAGCAAUUCUUCUGCAUCAGUACUCACAUGGUAAGUAACAUAUGCAUGUGAAGAGGAGAAUUUCCAGAAGUGUUAUAUCACCUUGUGUAAAAUCUGUUGUUUGUUGUGACAUGGCCUUCUCAGGGGCAGUAGAGCCACUGAUACUGAUGAUAAUUACAGAUUUUUGUGCAGAAAGGAGAUAAAAGGUAAGACUAGUUGCUUAGUCUCUUUCCAGCCUGUUGCAUUAGGCAUCUGCCACAACUCUUGUCUGCAGCCAUUCAGUCUUUCUGCUGCAGGUUAGAACUAACCCAGCAUGGUAAAAUUGCAGAGCUGUGUAGGUGGGUGAUCUUCCUAUCAAAGUUGUUUUCCUUUCGUUUUUUUAAUAAUGUUUGCAGUGCCUUGCAGUGUUUAGGUCACUGUGCAGUGCACCCUAGCAGUGCCUUCCCUCUUCCUGCCAAAGGAGGAAGGCUCUUCCACUGCCACCGUUUUGCACUGAUUGAUAUUGUGGCCCUGUAGAAGUGCUCAGUGUUUAGGCUGUCAGGCAAGAGAUCAGAUAAAUUCCUUAAGUGAGUCUGGCUCACUUAUGAGUUUAUAAUAUAUGAAUAUAGGAGCAUGUAGUGAGAUGAGCUGUUGUAAAAGAGUUAAUAAAGCAAAAUAUAUUUGGAAGGAGUUACACCCACUAACGCCAAGGCAAACUGACUUUAUGCAUGGUUUUGUGGUUAGUCAUCAUUGAUAAAAUUUAGGUCUGUAUUCAAACAAAAAUAUUAGUUAAAACUUCUCUGACAUCAACUUCUGUGAUGAUUUCACCCAUAGUGUAGCUGUAGCCAUUGUUGACUGGGCUGGCCAUGUAAUUUUUCUUACAAAACUAUAAUGAUCCUCUUCCAAAUAAAAGAUUCUUGAAGUCAGUCACCAUGAGCUAAGCACUGCCGUGAGUUACUUAACUCUUAAUAAUGUGGAGCUGGAAAGGCUCAGGAAUCAGCUAAACAGGGAAUGAGUUUACUCACUGGACAUAGGCAUAGGCUUUGGAAACUGAUAACCCUCAUGUUCCAACACCAUGAUAAAAGAAAUACUCAAACUGAAUUUAGAAAAACACUUUAGC